UCUGGAAAAAUACGUGUCUCUUAAAAAAAAAACGACAGAGAUUAUUUCUCAAAUAAAAUGUUAUUCUUCACAGACUGCUCGUGUUAACUUCUAGAAAUCGCGCUGUCACAAAAUAUCAAAGCGGUGAUUGUGUGUCGGAAUUGUCGUACGAAAGUGUUUGAAAUACGAAGACUUUGAAUAAAUAAAAAACAAGACUUGUGAUUUUCUAGUGAAGUUUCGGGAGUAUAAUAGCGAAUUCGAGUACAAAAAAGACUUCGCUAAUGACUGGUCUCUGGAAGUGAGAGAAAAAUCGACGAGAGAGCGGUCUUCGAGGUCGAUCGAGGCCAAAUGGAAUUGUUGGAUCAGAGCCUUGACACUUUCGGCACGGCUGGAAUGAUGGACAGCACGACCACGUGGUUGUCGCAGGUCGCCGGCAACGCUACGCAAACUAUCGUCGACUCGGACUUGUCGAGAUUUCCGAAGCCUCUGAGGAUUUUCGCGGCGCUGGUGGCGAUCGUUAUCAUGAUCGUUGGUGUGGUCGGCAAUCUUUUGACAAUCGUUGCUUUGUGCAAAUAUCCGAAAGUUCGCAACGUCGCGGCAGCUUUUAUCAUAAGCUUGUGCAUAGCAGAUUUUGUGUUCUGCCUGCUGGUACUACCGUUCGAUUCCAUCAGAUUUAUCAACGCCAGUUGGGCGGACGUACGAUUUUUCUGCGUUAUCGUGCCCUUCUUGAGAUACGGAAACGUCGGGGUCAGCCUCCUGUCCGUCGCGGCUAUUACUAUCAACAGAUACAUCAUGAUAGCGCAUCAUGCCAUAUACAACAAAGUUUAUAGAAAAUACUGGAUCGCUGCUAUGAUACUCUUCUGUUGGUUCUUCUCUUACGGGAUCCUGAUACCUACGUUAUUAUCGGCGUGGGGUAAAUUCGCCUACGACUCCAAUCUGGAGACCUGCUCCAUCGUCAAAGAUCGACAUGGUCGCACUGCCAAGACGUUCCUCUUCAUAAUGGGAUUCCUGAUACCCUGUGUGGUAAUUGUUGGUUGUUACGCUAGGAUAUUUUGGGUGGUGCACAAAUCAGAAUCGAGAAUGCGAAAGCACGCCGCACCGACAAUAAAGUCGCCCCACGCGCCCGGACGGGACAUUCGCGAGAUCAAGCAGAAGCGCAGCGAGUGGAGGAUCACGAAAAUGGUGCUGGCGAUCUUCCUCAGCUUCCUCGCGUGUUACCUACCGAUCACUAUUGUGAAGGUGGCUGACACGGAGGUCAGGUGUCCCGAGUGUCACGUUCUGGGAUAUUUACUCCUGUACUUCGCGUCGUGCGUGAACCCGAUCAUCUACGUGAUCAUGAACAAACAGUACAGGCAGGCGUACGCCGGCGUCGUCGGCUGUUCGUGGUUGAGGACGAGCUUGACGCCGUUCGGAAGCAGCGCACCCGGUGGCGGUCUCCAGGCCCAUAAUCGGCAGGACCUCGCCCAAGACUACUCGAAAGACUUCAGCAAAACGAUGGUGUCGACUGUUUCGAUUGCUAUGAGUCCUGUGAAAAGUUCGCAAUUCCAGGAAGAGCCGUGAAAGGUCGAAUCGAGAGCUGACAGUUGAAAAAUUGAGAAGACUACGAACAUUUCCUUACGGGAGGAAGAGGAUAAGGAAAAGAAGAAAAGAGAAAGAAGAAGAAGGAAAACUAGUCCUCAAUAACCAUUAGCAUCUGUGAAAUAGUGUGCGUAAUUCUUUUAUACCUCGUACCUAAAAUGUGUUUUAAAAACUAGUAUUAUGCGUAAAUAAAUACUAUAAAUUAUUCUUUUAUAUAAAAUGUUAUACCGAAAUUUUAUAUACCAAAGGCAUGUAGCAUGUAAACUUUUACUUUAUAAAUAAAAGACAAACAUAUUUUUAUGUGUAGCUCUACACAUAAAAAUUUG